AUGGGAAAAUCGAAGAAAACUGAGGAAAAGUCGAAGAAGACUGAAAUGGCAGCUGCACCAACACCAAAAGAUCCACCAAAAAAAGAGAAAGAAAAGGAAAGAGAUAUUCAACCAACACAAGCACAAACUCCUGCAUCAAAAACACCAGCUCCUAUUUCACAAGCUUCCCAGCAACAACCAAAAGGUAUUUUAAUGGGACUAACAAAGGGACCCGAUGUUAAAAAAUGGGACAACAUCUUGAAUUUGACUGUUAGAAUGGGUCACUUUUGGAAAAUGGGGUCCGAUUAAAAACCUCAAAACUCAAGCUAUAUUUAUUUAACAAACAGGAAUAUCGAGAACUGCACCAACUCCAAUGCCACCACCAAUCAAAUCUACCAAAGAAUUUGCGCCAAAAGAAUCGAAUGCUUCGAAUGUUGUUGAUAAUACAGGAACUUCGACAAAAGUUGGAGAAUCUGAAGAUGUUACAAGAACGCAGAGCAAAAAAACGAAAAAAGGAGGAUCGUGUUGUACUAUUUUAUGA